CCCAGCCCCUCCUGCUGCUGCUGAGUUCUCUGUGUAGAAGAACAAGGAAACAGCAGUUUAACAGAGGACUAAACAGCUCUUCAGGUGACUGUUCUGAAGUCUGCACUGCUGAAAAUGGAGCACUGUAUGCUGAAAUAUCUGCUUCUCCUCUCAGUUUAUAUUCAGCUAACCUCAGCAGCCUCUCACUCUCUGCAGUACAUCUACACUGCCGUCACCCCGGGAAUAAACUUCCCAGAGUUCACUGCUGUGGGUCUGGUGGAUGGAGAGCAGAUUGAUUACUAUGACAGUGAGAUCAGGAAGAUGAUCCUAAAGACAGAGUGGAUGGAGAAGAUUGAUGCUGAUGAUCCAGAUUACUGGAACAGAAACACACAGAAUCUGCAGAGAGCUCAGGACGUCUUCAAAGUCGAUGUGCGGGCUCUAAUGCAGCGCUUCAAUCAGACUGACGGAGUUCACACAGUGCAGUGGAUGUACGGCUGUGAGCUGCAUGAUGAUGGAACCAGGAGAGGGUACAUGCAGUACGGCUAUGAUGGAGAAGACUUCAUCAGUCUGGAUCUGAACACUGAAACCUGGACUGCAGCCAAUCCGAAAGCUGUUAUAACCAAACAGAAGUGGGAGAAGACGAAUGAAGCCAAGUUACGAACGGCCUACCUGGAGCACACCUGUACUGAGUGGUUGGAGAAGUAUGUGGAGUACAGCAGAUCCACUCUGAAGAGGAAAGUCCAUGCUGAGGUGUCACUGUUCCAGAAUGACUCUUCUUCUCAAGUGGUGUGUCAUGCUACAGGUUUCUUCCCCAAAGCAGUGAUGAUCUCCUGGCAGAAGAAUGGAGAGGAUCUGCAUGAGGACGUGGAGCUCAGAGAGACGCUACCCAACCAGGAUGGAACCUUCCAGAAGAGGAGCGUUCUGACGGUCUCACCUGAGGAGCUGAAAAAGAAUAAAUACACCUGUGUUGUUCAGCACAGUGGAUUAGAGAGGGAGAUGAAGCUGCAGGUGUCUGUGUGUAGAGUGCUGUCAGAUGGAGGGUCAGUUGGUAUCAUCCUUGGUGUAGUUGCUGUUCUCCAGCUUGUCCUCAUUGGCUGUGUUGGAGUCUUCAUUUGGACGAAGAAGCAGAUAAUGAAGCCUGAUUACAAACCUGUUCCGAUCACCCCCAGUUCAGACUCUGAUUCCGACUAAAGCUCCACAUCAACCAUCUCAAGCACUGGAUCUGACGUUGGGCUUAUUUCCUCCUGAGUAUCCGUCUUCUGUUCCUCAAAAAUAUCUACAGGGGAUUCAGUGGAGGUUUUUUAGUCUAGAAGUGAUUCAGUAAAAAUACAGACUCCAUAAAUUACACUGCUGUCAUGUGAGCGGAUGAGACGAGUCAAAAUACAGUCAAAUAUCUGUUCUGAGAUCAGCCGUGUGUGGAGGACAGUCACUGAGUGCUCCAGAGAUUCCAGUGCUCACAGAUUGAUCCAGACUGGAGGAACUUUAGAACGUUCUCCAACAUUUACACUAAAAAUCAGCUCCUAUCUGCUCGCUGUUACCGCUCUAGUAUGGCUAAUCUCUCCACAUGCCAAUAAAACGUUCAGAAACUGAGAAAUUUUGUUAAAAGACUUUUAAAGUCAGAAAACAGUAGAGAAUGUAAGAUGAGCUGUGGCUUAUAUUAAGCUUUAUUGGGCACAAGCAGUAAAAACAAAGUAAAAACAAAAUCAGAUCAGCAAGAUAAUAAAUGAAAUAACAUAUUAAUAUUCGAGGGUAUAAACAUGUGGAGAAAUUAAUCCUAAUCAGAUUCUAUUUUCUGUGCAAUGUUUUGACACUGGGUGUAGCUACAUAUACAGUAUACGGGUGGAUGCUGUGGGUGUUUUUCUGUUCUUUGUAAAUAUUUUACUGAUAUUUUAAUGUUAAGUAUUUCAUCUUUCUGAGACAGAACGUUGAAUCUUUCUAAAAAGGGGUUUCUUACUUUGGAUUUACUGAAUUUACUGCAUAUGUUGCUGAUUCUAUAAGGAAAUGUUUGAUAAAUAAACUGGACAGAGAAAAGA